CAUUGUUUGUGUGUUGGUAAGCAAUUAUUUGCUCAUAAACAAAUGCAGGCUAAUUCCUCUAUUUGCUUACCGAAUGUUAAUUAAUGUUUUCUAAAUCUUUGUGUUUACACCGGUGCACUUUCAUUGUAGCUCGCUUUGAGAGGUUCACGAUUGAAAAUGAAUUCAGCACUGAAUGUAUGCUUGUUUUUCAAACUAUUAUUAUUCCUUGCUCUGUAGAUUGAACAGUUACCCACCUGCCACGGCGUUUAAGUGGUUCCCUGCCUUCAGUGCAAGUUUGUGAUGGCGUUCAAGUAACACCGAUUUGGAUAGUUUAUCACAAAGGACUCAAUAAUGAUCGCAGUCAAAGUGUAUAUCGUUAAACCUUGUCUUCAAGACUACACUUAAAAAAGAAAGCCAUACUUGUCGGCUCCACCAAAAAUUCAUCACGUUGGAAUGCUUACGUACAACAAUACAAAAGCCCAAGAUGAUUAUUUGGUCAUAAUUGGGCCAGAAGGCUCUGGGCCAAAUCUCUACAAAAUAGCAACGAUAAUAUUGCUUUUCGUUGCUGCCGUCUCUUUGGUCGCAUUGCAGAUGUGCAGGAGAAGAUACUUUGUUCUUGUGUGGCACUGGAUUAUCUGCAAAAAGACAUUAGAACAUCCAGAAGCAGUAUCUGAAAAGAGAAAAAAAGUAGUUAGCAUAGAAUCCACGACAUGCCCAUCCCUGAGCAAGAGCGAUGACACAGGGCCUGAUAUGGUGGCAAAGGAGACUCAUUCUAUGCUGGCUUUGAGAAUCGAUGAUCACAUUGAAAGUCCAAGCAAUGGAACUAAUUUUAGAAAAAAAUUCAAAAGGAGUGAUGUCUACAGAGAACCUGGGAAAGAGGAAGAUCAGUUUGAAAAAGCAGGUCUUGCUAAUAGUUCUGAAGCAGCUGCUACUGCAGAUCAAAUACAAGCAAAACAACACGUGAAUGACCACGGAAAUGACGAAUUUCAAAAAGACGAGCAAUUAAAGUCUGAGACAAAGUUUCUCCAGUCGCAGAGACAACAACGACACCGGCGCAGUGGUGUAUGUUUAUCGAUGCUAGGUAGAAACAGUCUGCCCCAAACGUUGAAGGAAGUGAAUGCCGAUGGACAGAUGGAGCAAGCAAACGAUUUGCCACUGCUUCAAGUAAAUGGCAUCGAAUGUGAGGUGGAUAAAGAAUGCAGCGAGGCCAGCAUAAAGUCUGAAACAAAAGAAGAAGAGGAUGCAAAUGAUGAAGGACAAAUUCAGUGUUCCCUUCGCUUUGAUAAAGAGAGAAACACCCUUCUUGUGCAUUCGGUAACUGUGAAAGCAAACAUUGAUCCUGGAACACCAGGGUUUUUUGUCGAGGUGGCAUUGUUACCAAAGCAGAGGAUCUCAGCAAAAUCUCGUGUUUAUGUGACUACAGAUACGGAUAUCAAAACGACACUGAAAGAAACAUUUGAACUCAGCUGCCUCAAACCAGAUCUAGAGCAAAAUUCUCUAUUUCUGGCUGUCAAGCCGAUUUACUCUGAAGUUGUAUUAUAUGCAGAAACAGAUCUGAAGGACCUUUCUCUGAAUAAUGAAAGAGAGAUAAUGCUUGGUGGCUAUUUGAAAAGCAUGACGGCACAUUAUUCCUGAUGAGAUAGGCAGAUUUGGCUCUGGACAGGAGUGACAGACUUUGAGCACCCAAUGCAUUAUUCAGAAUCUUCAAAAGAUGUGAACUGAGUGGUCAAUGCGUUAAACAUUUAUGUAGCUUUAAUUAGUUUUCACCAAACACAGGCCUUACCUAUAUCGUGCUGAAAAAGCAUGCAUCAUGAAUUUGUCCAUCCGUGAUGCAGCUUGCUCUAGAUAAAAUGGCCAAUGUCUAAAAUACCUUCAAAUGCCUUUGCAAUACUUUUUCAUACCAUGAUGAAUCCGCUUGUGAAGCCAAUUUAGUGAUAAGCCCUUAUUUCAUUUUUAUAGGCAACUUUGGCUAUUGCUGAAGUAGCAAAAUAUCACCGAAUAAAAUUUUCCGAACAAGCAACUUCCAUUUUAAUUAUGUAUCUUAAUAUAUCUAGGUGUAUUCUUUGUGAAAUAGAUUCCAUAAUACGGCUUUAAACCAGUGCUCAAUUUCAGUUUUAGCCAGAGACAGCGGCAAGAUGCAAGACGGCAAAUUUUUGGCAAGUCCAAUAAAUCCUGUUAGAAGUUUUGAGCGUUCUCUAUACAUAAGCCCUUAACCUUUCUCUUUUUGCCCUACCAAAUGGCAUGCUUUAACAAAAGUGACUACUUUCCAUUUUGAACCAUAACAUUACAAGUAUCAUAGAUUGCCGCGAAUAUCACCCCACAGCUAAACCCAUAGUGACACACCCAUCUAUGGAAUAGUUUGGAACAUAUGCCUCUCAACAAUGAUAAACCAUGCAGUCAGUCUAUGCGCAGCAAUGCUUCAGAAACUAAAUGACCUCUAAUGUCAAACUUCCAUGCAAAUGGAGAUAUUCUACUCUGUAUAUUUAAUGAUGAAUUUAUAACUAGUAUGCUUGAACAACGUGUGCUCAGAUAUACAAUAGAGUUUUAUAUUUUAUUAUUUCAUGUCGUGUAACAUUUUAAAUAAUAACCCAGUCAAAAGAGCGCUUCUUCAUCAAAGAUCUCUGGAUCUUCUCUUACUUAUAAAUAUAGAUGUGCAUAUUCACUGAUUUGCCUUGAUGCAGCAAAGUUGAAAAACUGCAAUGCAAAUACGAAAACUGAGUUUUAAAAAUAGCUUUGAGAAAAGGAAAUGUUUUAAACUGACACUCUUCAGAGUAAAAAACGUCAGGAUAUUGAUCGAAAACUCUAGGCUAGGAAAUAAACUCUAGGCCCAGUUUAACAUACUCAGCUUACUCAGUUGUGGACCAAAUUAUGCCAAUCUAAAAAAUUGACACCAUUUGGCUCUUCCAAAGGACAAUCC